AUGGAGAAAAGUUAGGUACUCAAAAAUGACAGUAAAGAUCCAGAAAUAAUAGAUAAGCAAUUAGAAAAAUCAUUCUAGCGCUGCUAUUCUAAAUUUCUAGACGCAAUAAACUCAACAGUUAUUUAAUUUAGCAAGUCGAGGAAAAACGUAGAGAGCUAUUUUGAGGAUCAUUACUUUGAAUUGUGCAAGUAGAUCAUGUUUGAUCAGGAAAAUUACAAACCAAUAAUAAAAUACAUAGAGAAUUUAGAGGAUAAUAAAGGCACUGUGUGCUCUAAAGUAAUUGAGUUUGGUGACACUGUGUGGCUUUGUAAAGAUUGCUGCCUUCAUCCUACAUGUAUUAUUUGCUAGGAAUGCUUUGAAAAUAGCAAGCACAUAGGGCAUUAAAUAACAAUGAGCAGAGAUACUUAAGGCAAUUGUGACUGUGGAGAUAUAUAGUCCUGGAAGAAGGAAGGUUUCUGUAGAGAUCAUUAAGGAUAUAAUGAGGCAAUAAUCGAGAAACUCAUUAAAAAGAUACCUGAAAAUAUGAGAAUAAGUACUUAAAAAGCAUUCAACAAUAUAGCUAGACAACUAAAACAACAACUAUUGUUUUUCACGAAUAAGGAUCCUAAAAAGAAUAAAAUUAUCUAUAUAGUGGUUUAAAUCUUUGAAUUUAUAGAGUGGUCAAUAAAUCUUUCUCCAGCGUACAUAAGUUUCUGGAAAAAUGCCCUAGAUAGUGAAUAAAACAGAGAAUUAAACAAUUUAGAAAAGCCUCAGCAUCACACUUGUACUUUUGAAUAAUAUAAAAAAUCAGAGAUAAUGGUAGAUCCCCAGGAGCCUUAAAAAUGUUCUUGCAGUGUUUAUGAUAUUAUAUUUACUCGAGAUUUUAGUGGUUAUGAAUAGAAGUAGGAAGUUAUCUCGAACUUACUCAUCUUACUUGCCUAAAAUUAUGACAUUAAAUACUAAUUAGCACUUUCUUACUUCAAAAACUAUGAGAAGCUAUAUCUUGAUGAAGGUAGAUUUUCUACUAAUAAACUUGCUGAAAUCAAUACCUAGAUAAUCACUGUUGAUAUAAUUUCUAUUAAAACAAUUAAAGAAGAACCAAUUAGAUAACAUAUUAUUCAACUUUUAACUAAUUCUAUACAAAGGCUGAUUGAAUUUGAAGUUGAUGAAGAUGAAGAUUCAGUUGAGCAAAAUUUCAUAUUUAUGCUAUUAGAUGAUCUUCACAUGAUGGCAUUACCAAGGACCGUAAAUUACUUAGCCAAUCAAACAGAAUUUAUUGAGGCUUUUAUCCAAAUAUAUCAGAAAUUAUAUAAUCAAGCAGAAGUGACAAAAGUAGAUGAGCAUGUCGAGAAUGAAGAUGAUGAGAUAAAUAACUAGUUAAGAGAUCUAGAUCUUGAGAUUAUGGUCUUAAUGAAGACUUACUUAUCAGGUGUGGAUUAUAGUAAUGAAAAUAGAAACAUAUCUUUGCUUCAUAAAUUCAUUGAAACUUUACAAUAAAUUAAUUCCAAUCAAAACUACGACCCUGAAGUUGGUAGUUAUAUACUUCCAGUUCAUAGAAUGUUUGGGUUUUAUUUUACAAGAUAUUUGAUUACUUAAAUUCUCAGAACUUAGACAAAUGAUAAAUUUGAUGAAAAAUCUAAAGCUAAUUCCUUUAUUUCUAUGAGAAACAUCUUAAGUGAUAUAAUAAUAAAAAUUAAUAAUCCCUCGAAUGAAAAUAAAAGUCUUGAUAAUAUACUCUAUGAACUUGUGAGACCUCUCAACUUUUCAGUUAGAUUUCUAUUUGAAAUAAAAAGUAGAAUGUGGAUUAUGAAUGGUGAAGUUAUUGAAGAUUUAUUUGAUACUAUCUAUGCAUAAAAAACCAAUCAUCUUUAUCAAUAUCUAGCUUUAUACUAAUCUAUCAUAUUUUGUGUUGAUGAUAAAGGAGCUUUUAUGGACAAGAUAAUUCAAGAUUUGAACAUUUUUAGCUUAGUAAAUAAGAUCAGAUAACUUAAUGAUGGCAUCAUUAAUAAUGAAUUCGAAGAGUAAAAAGUAAGAGUUUACCUAAAUUUAGUUCUAAAUUUCAUUAUAAAGAUUUAUCAGACUGAAAUAUCACUUUUGUAUCCUUUGAUCUUUCAAUAUAAGAAAUUGGUAAGAAGUAAAGUUGAUGAAUCUGAUUCGGAUGAAAGUAGUGAAAUUGGAAGUGAUAUUGAAUCUAUUCCUGAUGAGGAGUUUGAAAAUUACUUUUAAAUUGAUGAAAAUUACUAGUAAAUUGAUGAAAAUUACUAGUAAAUUGAUGAAGUAGAAUAGAAAUCUGCUAUUUUCAAUGAAGAGAUUCAAUAAUCUUAUAUCUAAGUAGCUGCUCAAAGGCAGAAAAUUUCUGAGAUUGAUUAAAUAAGGACAUAUUUCAGGAAAGAUCUUUAAAAAGAGCUAAUACAUAAUUUGAUCCUAAAUCUUGGCAAGAGCAAUAUGAGCCAAAUAAAAAAGAAAUCUGAUCGAUUAUAUACAAACUCUAGGGAAUUUGAAAAAGUACUCUCAGACAUAUCUAUAAAAGUUUAGAACUCUCAAAACCAAAGAGGUAUUUAGUUCAAUCUUAAAGAAGAGUACUUCAAGGAGUUUGAUCCAUAUUACUACUAAAUGCAUGAAUAUUAACAUCAAGCACUUGAGAAUAUUACAAAGCUCAAAAAUGAAAGAGACUUAAUGCAUGAGUAUAUUGGCAGUAUGGACUAUGAUUUCUCAUUGCCUAUUAAUGAAUCUGUAAGAUAGGCAAUAUGCGAAAGUAAACUUCUAGAAAUAUUUAUAAAUUUUAUUUUGCUCUGGGGUAACAUAAAUUAAUCUUAAAAUAAGUUCAUGAAUGAGUAAAUUGGACAAGAUAGCUUGAAAUUACUAGCAAUCACCACGAAAUCUAUAUAAAACAUAGAGCAAACAAAAGUUGAUUCAAUAUUAAACAUACUAAUAGUUUAUAAAGAUAAAUUGGAAGAAAGCUUCAAGAAUCUUGAGAAUAAGAGUUAGUAUUUGAAGAAAGAUUUGUAUAUAAUAAUGAAACAAAUUGAAUAAUUAGAUUAAUCGAUUAAAUUUGCAUUGCUAUCAGAAAAUAAGCCACAAAAUUAAUUAAAAGAGGAAGAAAAAAAUUAAAGCAAUAAAUAAAGUAUAGAUAAAAAGGAAGCUGCUAGACUAAAAAGAGAAAAAAUAAUGAUGAAAUUUUAAAAUAAAAGGACUACUUUCAUUAAAGAAGCUGAUGCUAUUUAAAUAGACAUUUAGGUAGAAGAAGUUAAGGGAUAUGAUUAAGAGCCAAAUUUUAUUGAUAAGAAAUGCCCUGAGCCAUAUUAGCUUGAAGAAGAUGAUAAGAUACACUGCACGCUUUGCAGGGAACAAUUAAACUCAAAAGAUUUUUUCAAAGAGCCUUUUGGCUAAUUUGCUUAUAUAGCAAAGAGUAAGUUACUAUACUACGCCAUGAACUAAACAAUUAAAGCAUAAAAGAAUAAGUACGGCCAAUUCGAUAGAAACAAUGAAGACGAUGAGUGGGAAGAAGAAGAUGAGUAGCAUUUUGCCAAAUAAAGCUUUAAUCAUUUAAGAGUACUGUAAUUAAAUUACCUUGAUAGUGAGUCUUACACAGGUGGAACACUAAUUAAGUGCCCUCAUUUCGCUCAUUUGACUUGCCUGGAAAACUACUAAAAAUCUCAGAAAUUUGAUCAAAUUAUGGCGGAAGAAAAUGAAAUAGUAGGCAUUAAUCCUCUAACAACAUUCUAGUGCCCUUUGUGCAAGUCUUUAGCUAAUAUACUAUUUCCAAUAGAAAAUCUCUCUAAUUUCCAAGGAGGUAUUAAUGAGUUAAUGGAAAAUAAAAAGAUCUUAAAAUAUUAUAAAAAUCUUAUAGAAUAAAUAAUGAGGAAUCAAGUAUCAGCUAAUAAAAAUCUCUAAAUCCAGGAUAUAUUUGACCCCAAUAAGAGUCUUAAAGCAAUAUAAUAAUUUAUUGAACAUAGACUAGCUCUCAUUAAUCUCAAAGGUUACCAAGACUUUAUAAAUGGAAAAUUAUCUGGAAUAUAAGAGUACAGAACCAUCUUAAGAGUGGCCAAGAAUAUUAUAAGAAUUUAACAGCAAGGUGCUGAGUAGAUUGCUGAAAAUAAUGCAUUUAUAGCAGCUCUAGAUAAAAAUUUAGAAGAAAUUUACAAAAAAUUAGAUUCUUUUAAAGUUUUUGAUGAGGAUAUUACCAGCUACUGUUAAUAAGCGUUAUUCUAUACUUUUCUCCAGACUAAUUAAGAAGAGUUUAAAAACAGCAUUGAAAACCUUAUAAUAAGAUUCUUGCACCUAAUCAAAUAUCAGGUUGCUAUCAAAUUCAUUCAUUAGAAUUAGUUUGAAUCUGUAAAAAAUGCAGAAGAAAUAAUAUAGUGGCUUUAAGAGGUUUUAUAAACAACAGAAAACCAGUAAAAUUAUCUAGAUUUCGAGGCAUAAUCAUUAGCACCUUACUAAAACUAAAUUACUGCAUUUCUAUAAAUGGUAGAUAUAAAUUAAUCAAUAAGUCACUUAAAUAAAGGCAUUCCUCUCAUAUCAGAGUCUCAUAGAAAGAAUGAUUAAUUUGCUGAGGCAAAUUAUAAUCUCUUUUUCGAGUAUAUAAAUUCUAAGUAGUAGUCAAAGAUUAGUCUUAUCCCCUAGAUUUAGCUGCUAAUGACAAAAGAGUAUCAAUUUAAUUUCAUUUAUUUACCUGAAGAAUUUCAGUAAAUGAUUCUUAAAUUCUACAAGCAAAUGUGCCGAUGGUGUAAGACCACACCGAAAUAAAGUGUUAUUUGCUUAUUAUGUGGGGAGCUGCUGUGCUUUGUAUAAGAUUGUUGCAUGGAUAUCGAUAACAAAAAAGACGAUGAGGGGGAGUUAACCUUCCAUGCCAGACAAUGUGAAGGUGGAUAAGGAAUAUUCCUAGACAAUCAAACUGGAGUUAUUUUCCUUAUAGAAAAAAAGAGAAACAGCGAAAAAUCAUCUAUUUAUCUCAAUAAAUUUGGAGAGCACUAUUCCACGAAAAUGAAGAAAUAUGAUUAAUUUAAGUUGAAUGAUGAAUUUGGUGGCAGAUAGCUGUUAGAAGAGUACAGGAGAAUGUAUAUAGAUUUCACUAUAUGCAAUGCUAUUGUUAAGGACAGAGCCAUUAAUAAGAAUUACUACGGAGUUGGAAGAAUCUGA